AUGAUGACUCAAACCAAGAGAGUCUAUCAGGUUCUUGAUUUGUUUGGUGCGUCCAAACAAAUCAGCAAGGCAUGGGAAGCUGAAGGAUUCAAUGCAGCCAGCUACGAUAUCAAGAGCAACAAGAAGCAUGAUAUAUGCAGCCAGACCGGCUUCAUGGAAUUGAUUAAGCUUGGGCUUUCGCUCACGGAUUCCGCCCUCAUAUGCGCAGCACCGCCAUGCUCAAUGUACGGACCAGCAUGUGCAAGCGUUCAUCGCAGAAGCAAUGACAACGUCCUGGGCGACUUAAGCAACUUCAAGGUCAGACUUGCCCGACGUAUUUGGGUGAACUUUGCAUCCUUUCUCCACGUCAUGGGCAAGGUCCAUCGGUCUUUCCACACAUUGAUCGAGCAGCCAAGCGGAAGCUGGGCAUACAAGCAGCCGGAAAUGGUAUCUGUGAUUGCGCAGAUGGGCCUGCUGUUGACCGUGACAUGGAUGGCAUUCUUUCAGCAUGAUAUGCUGAAGUGCACUCAUUUGAGAUCCGAUAUGGCGUCCGUAACCCAGAUGUAUGACCAUUUUGAAGUCCGAUGCUUCCGGAGAACGUUUACCAAAUGUCUUAAGCAGACUGUGGACAUGGCUUGA